UUCCCGGAUCGUGAAGUGGUCGAACGGGUCGCGAUAAGCACGCUACAACGACGACAACGACGAUCGCUCGCGAGAUAUACCCUCCCCGAUUGGUGGUGAUGCGUGUAAGUGGUCACCAGGAACGCGCACAUUCCGGCUUCCACCUCCCCCACCCCCAAAAAAAAACCGGCCGGGAGCACGCGGUAAUCGCUUCUGGCGCCUGAUCGUCGAUCGCUACGAUCACAUAGGUGUGAGUGCGCCCGGUGAGAAGGUCCGAACAAGAACCAGCUGUUUGCGUUGGGUGGCUGAUCGGGAGCGCGCGCGCGCGCGCGCAACAUAACAAACGGCCACGUGCAUUGUGCGUACCGGAUUGAUAACGGUUUGGGUCACUCUACACUGUUUCCGAGGCAGGCAGGCAGGGUUUUUUGUGACCAUCGAAUUGGCCCGCGCAAUCCGCCAGCGGUGGUGCUUUACGCGUGCAAUGAGGAUUGUGUUCUAUUUAAAAAAUGACGCCGAAAAGAUCGCCACUCGGGCCAAGGUGGUUUCGCAACCCCCAAAGGUACCGCGCCACAUAUUGUUAUUUUGAAAUGUCUCUCAUUAAAUUGUCGUGGCAUGUUGAUUGUAAAAAGGGGAAGGAAAACACACUGCCGCUGCUGCUGCUGUGACGUCAUGCCCCUCGGGGUACGAUCAUGCGACAUCAACAAUCCACAAUUCGAGGAUCGCGACGCGGUGUUUACCAGAGCAAGCCAGUCGCGGGAAUUGCGUUUGUCGCUGGUGAUAAGAUUAUCUUCUCGGUACGCUCGGUAGUCGGGUUUCCUGUAACACAAGCACAACCGGUAGCUCACCCUGCGAGGACGAUCGCGAUCGCGGUUAACGAACCUUUUUUGAAUGAAAUGUUUCGCACGAUCGCGCCGCGGAUCGCCGUUUGAAAUAUUCCAAUGCUUGAGCAUUUGAAAAUGGUGUCCUAAACGCGCGCACGAUCAGCAGCGCACGUCGCGAUCAGCCACUUCGCUCGGUUUUCAAAGUUUUCAGAACGCAGCGUCUGAUAAGUAAAUAUUAUUGUUCUUCCUGCUCGUCGUCUUUGACCGAUCGCGAUCGUGCUGAACAAUGAGCUCACGGAUGAUGACCUCCUCCUAAGUGUUCGCACGGUAGCAACAGCGUGCAGGAGCAGGACGAGCGGCAGAAGAACGGUAGAACAAGAGGAGUUCCACCCACAGCCGCGAUCGACAGUGACAAAAGGAGAUCAUCUCGUCGCGGCGCACUACUCUGGCUGCCACGCGUUUUCCGCGAUGGAUAAGUAUCUGCGAUGGUUCAUCAAGUACCAGGUUUACACGAUCGUGCUGUUCACCACGCUGCUGAUCACCUUUGUGACACCGGCACUGGCCUACCGCAAUACGGGCAAUUAUGCUCUGCCUACCCCAGUCGAGGAUCUGCGAUUGAGCGGCGUCCCAGCGGUAAUGUUCGCUAGCGGUUGGUUCGCCGCCACCGUGUUUCUCAUCGUGGCCAUACACAAGGAAGUGAAGCGCUUCAUCUACCCGUACGCCUUCAUGCUGGGUCUUGAUCUCGUGCUGCUGUUUCUACGCGAGCUGUACCUGGUGGUGAUCGGAGAAGCAGAGACAGAUCUGUGGAGCCUCAAGCUAGUCUUGUUUCUAUUGAUUGUACCAUACGUUUCUGCUAGCCUCUUUGCCCUUCAUCGAUUGUACACCGUAGAUCCGCGCCACACACCGCACAACGAAGGAUUUGUGCGCUUCAAUCGAGAUGAAGCAUCCACUGAAACGCAAGCAACUCCUCAACCGGCCGUCUGACAAGGAGAUGAAGGAGAGUUACAAAGAAACAAAGUGCAAUCAUCAUGUACGCGCCGGCGCCACGCCUUGAAUGCAGUCAGAUAUCUCAGUGGAGUGAAGGAGGAGGAUCUCGACAAAUCGUUACUAAAAAAUAACACACCUGAUGAUGGGGAAACCUCACCGAAUUGUGUGCUGUUGGCGGUAUACUUCGCAGCGCAGGGAAGUACGCCGCUUAAUCUAGCCAAUUAAGUUUAACUCUAGUGUUCCCACUAAACCGCAGGAGAACCAUGUACGCUGAAUCGAUGUGCUAACUAUUUGCAAAGGAUGACCUAAUAAACUGUAUGUUCCGUGGACUGA